AUCGAUAAUUGUGAUUUUUGUUUGUUUGUUUUAUUCACUCUACACAUUACACAGUAGUCUCAUGAAAAACGCUUCUACACCAUACGUUCAAUUUCCGUUUUAAGGUUUCUGAAUUGUGAGAUUAAUCGAUAAAUAAUCGAUUAUGAUGAAACUGUUUGAUGCACACUGUCAUCUUCAAGACCCAAAAAUCAUAAGCAAGACACAACAGCUCAUAAAAACAGCACAAGAUAGAGGAGUCGUUUUCUUCGCAGUUAACGGAGUUUGUGAACAAGACUGGGAUUCGGUGAAACAAUUAUCUGAGACGCACCCUUCCGUUGUUCCUUGCUUUGGCCUCCAUCCUUGGUAUGUUGCUGAGAGGAGCCCUAAUUGGUUUAAGACUUUGAAAGAAUAUUUUGAUUCUACACCUUCUGCUGCAGUUGGAGAGAUUGGUGUAGACAAAGGAUCACAUGGAAAGAAGAUUGAUUUUUCUGAGCAGGUUGAAGUAUUGAGGCAGCAGCUUGAACUUGCUAAAGAGUUAAACAAGCCUGCAUCGGUACACUGUGUUCGCGCUUUUGGUGACCUUCUUGAGUUAAUGAAGACUAUAGGACCCUUUCCUGCGGGUGUAAUCCUUCAUUCUUACUUAGGUUCUGCUGAGAUGGUUCCUGAAUUUUCAAAGCUUGGUGCUUACUUUUCCUUCUCUGGAUUCCUUAUGUCACUAAAAGCUAAUAAGGCAAAGAAAAUGCUGAAGAUGGUCUCCUCGGAUAGGAUUUUGUUGGAGACAGAUGCACCUGAUGCGCUACCAAAGUCGAACAUAGAUUCUCUUUUGUUUGUUGAAGGAGAUACUUCUCUUGUCGAAGAGCUUCAUCGCCAAAGAACAACUUCAUCCUCAACUUCUGAUCUGUCUCCUGCUGAUUCGCCCCAAGUCUUUACAGAUGCUUCGAUGUUGCCGAAGGAAACACUCAAUCAUCCGGCUAACAUUCUUAAUGUACUUGAUUAUGUUGCAUCAAUGCUAGAGAUUACAAAAGAGGAACUAGCUGAAUUAAGUUACCAGAAUGCAGUUCGCUUAUUCUCCUAUGAAGGAUCAAAAGUACUUCAAAAGUAAACAAAUCACAGGUUCUUGUUAGAAAAUUAGAAGAUUCUUAGCUUAGCAAAGUUUAUAAUUUGGGGAAGUUCCAACUAGAAAUUACAACAAAGAUAUAAACAGAUAUAUUGUAAGAACAUUUUGUUAAUGUUUAUGAUAUAUAUGAUAGUUUUUUCUUGAAUAAA